UUGCAUUUAAGUGUUUCGUUGAGUUCAGGCAGAGAAGAAGCUAAAGAUUCAAAGCAAGAUGGAGGACUGAUUCCAGUUCAUUCUUUAAAUCUCUUGCUGAAGAGUAUUGGUGCCACUCUUACAGACGUACAAGAUGUAGUUUUUAAGCUUGCAUUUUUUGAACUCAACUAUCAGUUCCAUACAACAUCUGACCUGCAGUCCGAAGUAAUAAGACACUAUUCAAAACAGGCCAUUAAGCAGAUGUAUGUGCUCAUCCUUGGACUUGAUGUUUUGGGAAAUCCCUUUGGCUUAAUUAGAGAAUUUUCUGAAGGUGUGGAAGCAUUUUUUUAUGAACCUUACCAGGGAGCCAUCCAGGGUCCUGAAGAGUUUGUGGAGGGAAUGGCACUAGGAGUAAAGGCACUAGUUGGUGGAGCUGUUGGUGGAUUAGCUGGUGCUGCCUCCAAAAUCACUGGUGCUAUGGCAAAAGGGGUAGCAGCUAUGACUAUGGAUGAAGACUACCAACAGAAGAGAAGAGAAGCCAUGAAUAAGCAACCAGCUGGACUUAGAGAAGGCAUCACACGUGGAGGAAAAGGCUUAGUUUCUGGUUUUGUUAGUGGCAUAACAGGAAUUGUUACAAAACCAAUCAAAGGAGCUCAAAAAGAAGGAGCAGCUGGUUUCUUUAAAGGUGUUGGGAAAGGUUUGGUUGGAGCAGUAGCAAGGCCAACUGGAGGCAUCAUAGACAUGGCUAGCAGUACAUUUCAGGGAAUAAAAAGAGCCACAGAAACUUUUGAAGUGGAGAGUCUGCGACCUCCUCGGUUCUUCAAUGAAGAUGGAGUUAUCAGACCUUACAGGUUGAGGGAUGGUACUGGAAAUCAAAUGUUACAGGUUAUGGAAAAUGGAAGAUUUGCAAAAUACAAAUAUUUUACCCAUGUCAUGAUCAAUAAAACAGAUAUGCUAAUGAUAACCAGACGUGGUGUAUUGUUUGUAACAAAAGGAACAUUUGGACAACUUACAUGUGAGUGGCAGUAUAGUUUUGAUGAAUUUACCAAAGAGCCAUUCAUUGUUCAUGGGAGAAGAUUGCGCAUUGAAGCAAAGGAACGGGUAAAAUCUGUAUUCCAUGCCAGAGAGUUUGGGAAAAUAAUUAACUUCAAGACCCCAGAGGAUGCUAGGUGGAUUCUCACAAAGCUAGAAGAAGCAAGAGAACCUUCUCCAAGCCCCUGAUGAAGAACACUGCCUGAAGACACAGCAAUAAAUUAUUACAGCUUCUGGAUUGUACUUUUCAAACCCUGUUUGGGAAGCAUACUACAGAAAAAAUUUCAAAUAUCCUGUAUUUUAGAUGCUUAAAAAUCAGAAUCAGGUAAAACAACUCUGUGAUUAUAAUAUUUCAGCUCUUCAGAGUUCUAUUUGGUUUUUUAACUUGAAUCAUGUAUCUGUUUGUAAUUCUAAUUAUUUUGUAAAAGAAGCAUUUAUGAAUCUAAGAUAUUUACUCCAAGUUAUUCUCUGCAGUGGUGAAGAGGUUGCCCAUAAUUAUUCUCCACGUGGUGAAGAGGUUGCCCAUAAUUAUUCUCCACGUGGAGCCAAGUUUAAUUUUCUAGUUCACAUUUUAAAUUUCUGUUAUGCUUACUUCAGACUCCCUUAGUGAUGAGUAAAUGAUACAAAUCAAACAUCGCCUCAGUGGUAUCAAGAGAACACUGGUAGUGGUUUCUUAAGAAUCAUGAAGUUCUUUUUACAGAUAAAUAUUUUGGUAUUAUUUUCCUUAUUUUCUUAAAGAUUGUUUGAAUUAUACUUAAAAUGCGUAGCAUAAUUAUGGAAAGCAAUCUUUUUUAAUAUAAUGUAUAACAUAUUGAAUAAUACCUCUUGGAGCCUCAUCUUAAGAAAACUUAAAGAAAUGAGUAUUAUACUCAAAAAGGGAAAGUCCUUCUCAGAACUUUAGAGCCUUUGAAAUACUUUCUCAAGCCAGCUCCAUGGGAUAUACUUAAUUUACCCAGGCCGUGCUCUUAAUAGACUGCAGAUUUCAAAGGUAGACUUCCAAGCCUUAACAAUACCCACUUUCCCUUCUCUGGUAACAUGAAAUAAACACAGUUCCCAGUUUGUUAGAUAUAGUAAGUUAUGCUUCAGAACAGGCAGUCUCUUCCAUAAGUAAAUGUAUGUACCCUAAAAUCUAACCUGUUCUGUUAGCAAUACAGAAUUUCUGGUUUGCUUUCUCUAGUUAUUCAAGUGAGACUCACCCUUUUAAUGAACAGCCCAUCAAAACAAAAAUCAUGAGCUGCACAUUAGUCAAAAUAAGGACAUGGCAUUUUCUUUCUUGGUUUUUUUCCAAGAUCUUUGCACCUUAAUAUAAACAGACUGUUUCAGGUGAAAGGCAGUGAAUAUAUGAUUGUGAACUAUGAAGAGAAUUAUGCAGUAUCUUAUUUAGUUAUUGAAUGAUACAGAGUAUUCGAUGCAUGUUGUAUGUGCUGCCAAAUUAUUAUAAAUUGUUUUUGGAAUUGAAGACUCUGUAUAGUUGAUGGUUGUGAAAUUCUUCUCAGGCUUCUUAAACCCUUGCUUUGUUAUAAAAGCUAAAAUAAACAGCAUGCUAGACUGUGAUUGU